AUGAACGUCCUCAUUUUCGGAGAUCAAACCGCCGACCAGUACCCGCUCCUGCGGAAGGCUUGCACCUGGAAGAACAACUCGACGCUGACUACUUUCCUCGACAGAGUCAGCCAAGUUGUUCGUGAAGAAGUGCAGAAGCUGCCACGAACCCAGAGAGAUCAAAUUCCCAACUUUCUGACCACAUGGGACCUUGUCGAAGCAUACUAUGCUAAGGGGCUGAAGAUCCCUCAGCUUGAGAGCUGUAUGGUCACUAUCGCGCAGUUGGCGCAUUUCAUCGGAUACUAUGCCGAGAACCCAUCAGACUUGCAAAACCCAGCAAACACCCGUGUUGUUGGUCUUUGCACUGGUCUCCUUGCUGGAUCAGUCGUCGCAUCCGCGAGAUCGCUGAGCGAGCUUCUUCCUCUUGCCACUGAGGCUGUCCGCAUUGCUUUCCGCACUGGUACUGUUGUCGGAGCCGCAAAGGAGGCAGUGGAGCAAGCCUCUGCACCAAAAGAGACAUGGUCUACCAUCGUGACCAACAUGACCGAGAAGGCCGCCAAGGACGCUAUCACUGCAUUCCAUGAAGAGCAGCAAAUACCGACCCUGGCUCAAGCCUACAUUAGCGCCGUUAGCACCAUGGCCCUAACCAUCAGUGGUCCUCCAGCCACCACCAAGCGCCUACUUCAGGGUGACGCUUUCAAGGGCUGCGCACGUGUAGCAAUCCCUGUGUACGCUCCUUACCAUGCUGCGCACUUCUACGGUUCUGCCGACAUCGACCAAAUCCUCGACAAGGACGCCAUCAGGCACCUGCAGCAGUUCCGCCCCCUAUCGCUCGUCCAUUCUGCUACAACCGGAAAGUGCCACACUGCUACUAGCACAUUGGACCUCAUCCGCUCCGCUCUUACUGAGAUUCUUGUCGAGCCGGUCCGUUGGGACAACUUGCUCACAGAAGUUGUCUCUCAGGUUACUGCCACAGCCAGCCAAGAUUGCUCGGUAUCCGCGAUUGGCGUUACCACUAUCACCAACAGCCUUGUCUCAGCGCUCAGAAAUGGUGGACAGUCAUCCGUCACGGCUCGCGACCACACCACCUGGGUUGCCGCCGAACAUGACAGCCGCGGUCGUACUCAGAAUGACAAGAUUGCCAUCGUCGGUAUGUCUGGUCGAUUCCCUGGUGCGGCUAAUCCUGAUGCGCUUUGGGACCUCCUUGAGAAGGGUUUGGAUGUUCACCGUGAGGUGCCUUCCGACCGUUUCGACGCACAGGCUCAUUGCGACCCCACCGGCAAGGGCAAGAACAAGAGUCACACACCAUUCGGCUGCUUCAUUGAUGAGCCUGGUCUAUUCGACCCCCGCUUCUUCAACAUGUCCCCGCGUGAAGCCGCUCAGACUGACCCCAUGGGCCGUCUCGCUCUUACUACUGCGUACGAAGCCUUGGAGAUGUCCGGAUAUGUACCUAACCGUACUCCUUCGACCAAGCUUGAGCGCAUUGGCACCUUUUACGGACAAACGUCUGACGAUUGGCGUGAGAUCAACGCUGCCGAAAACAUUGACACCUACUUCAUCACAGGUGGUGUGCGUGCCUUUGCACCGGGCCGUAUCAACUACUACUUCAAGUUCUCCGGCCCAUCUUACAGCAUUGACACUGCUUGCUCGUCAUCUCUCGCUGCUAUUCAGCUAGCCUGCACUUCUCUUUGGGCUGGCGACUGCGACACUGCCUGCGCCGGUGGUUUGAACGUUCUCACCAACCCUGACAUUUUCUCCGGCCUCAGCAAGGGUCAGUUCUUGUCUAAGACUGGUAGCUGCAAAACCUACGACAACGAUGCGGACGGUUACUGCCGUGGUGAUGGUUGUGGCUCAGUCGUCCUCAAGCGCUAUGAGGACGCCAUUGCGGACAAGGACAACAUCCUUGGCUGCAUUCUCGGUGCCGCGACCAACCACAGUGCCGAGGCUGUCUCUAUUACCCACCCCCACGCCGGAGCGCAGGAAUACCUGUACAACAAGGUCCUCUCCAACGCUGGUGUUGACGCACACGACAUCAGCUAUGUUGAGAUGCACGGAACCGGUACCCAAGCUGGUGACGGUAUUGAAAUGACUUCUGUCACGAAUGCUUUUGCACCUCGCCACCGCCAGCGUCGCCCUGAACAAACUCUUCAUCUGGGUGCCAUCAAAGCCAACAUCGGUCACGGAGAAGCUGCCUCUGGUAUCAACUCUCUGGUCAAGGUGUUGAUGAUGAUGAAGAAAAACGCCAUCCCCGCCAAUGUUGGUAUCAAGGGUGUCAUGAACAAGACCUUCCCCAAGGAUCUCGGUCAACGAAAUGUCCACAUCUCAACGACACAGGUCCCAUGGCCGCGCAACGGUGCUGAGAAGCGCAAGAUCUUCUUGAACAACUUCUCUGCCGCCGGUGGUAACACCGCGGUCAUCCUUGAGGAUGGUCCUCUCCCUGAAGCGCCCAAGGGUGUUGACCCGCGCACUAUGCACAUGGUGACAGUGAGCGCUCGUUCUAUCUCGUCCCUCAAGAAGAACAUCAACAACUUGAUGCAAUUCAUCGACGAGACUCCAGGAGUGACGCUACCCAGCCUGGCCUACACUACUACAGCUCGCCGCAUCCAGCACAACUACCGGGUGGCAUUUUGUGUAUCCGACAUCAACAAGGUCAAGGACGGUCUUCAGGCCCAGAUCAAGGACACUUACAGUCCCCUUCCUAUGGUUCCUACUAAGACUGCGUUUACCUUCACCGGUCAAGGUUCGCAGUACACUGGCCUUGGCCAGAAGCUAUACGAAGACCUUGAGACCUUCAGGAUUGACAUCGAUCAGCUUGAUAAGCUUGCGCGCCUGCAUGGUCUCCCGUCCAUCCUGCCUAUCUUGACAGGUGCAGAUGUCGCAACGCUCUCGCCUGUUGUCGUCCAGCUUGGCAUGGCCUGCAUUCAAGUUGCUCUUGCUCGCAUGUGGGCAUCAUGGGGCGUUAAGCCUGUGGCUGUCAUUGGUCACAGUCUAGGCGAAUAUGCCGCCCUCCACGUAGCUGGUGUCAUCUCUGCCAGCGACAUGGUUCUCUUGGUCGGACGUCGUGCUCAGAUCUUAGAGCAAGAGUGCACCGCCAACACACACGGCAUGCUCGCCGUCAAGGGUAGCGUUGCUGCCAUCACCGCUGCCCUCGGUGACAAGAUGACUGAGAUCGCCUGCAUCAACGGCCCAGAAGAGACUGUCCUUUGUGGCACUGUCGAGGUUGUCGAGUCCACCAACGCGGAUCUCGCAUCCAAGGGCUUCAAGGCUACCAAGUUGAAUGUGCCAUUCGCCUUCCACUCUGCUCAAGUCGAGCCUAUCCUUGAGAAGUUCAAGGCUGCGGCUGCCUCGGUAACCUUCAAUGCACCUGUUGUUCCGGUGAUGUCGCCUCUGACUGGUGAAAUCAUCCGGGAGGCUGGUAUCGUCGGCCCCGACUACCUUGCUCGUCACGCACGGGAGACGGUCAACUUCUGCACUGCCCUUACCACUGGUCAGGACAACAAGCUCUUCGAUGCGAAGACUGCUUGGCUUGAGGUUGGCGCCCAUCCUGUCUGCAGCGGUAUGGUCAAGUCUUCUCUUGGUGGAUCUCCCGUCGCCGCAGGGUCUCUCCGCCGCAACGAAGACCCAUGGAAGACUCUUUCCAACAGCAUCACCACCCUCUACCUUGCUGGUGUCUACUUUGACUUCAACGAGUACCACAGGGUCUUCAACGAUGCUCAUGAGAUGUACACUCUUCCCACGUACGCUUUCGACUCCAAGAAGUACUGGUUGGACUACCACAACAACUGGACCCUCACCAAGGGCGAGGUUCUCGAGGCUCCCACCUCUGUCAAGACUAUCGAGGCCGCGCCCGCCGUUGAGGCAGCUUCUAAGUUGUCCACUACAUCUUGCCACAAGAUCGUCCGCGAGAACCUCCAGGCCAACUCUGGUACUGUUGUCGUCCAGUCGGAUCUCUCCGAUCCCAAGUUGAAGGCCACCAUCACCGGCCACCAGGUCAAUGGCACUCCUCUCACGCCAUCGUCACUGUACGCUGACCAGGCCAUGACCGUUGCGGACUACCUCUACCAGCAGCUACGUCCUGGUAUGGCUACUCCCGGUCUCAAUGUCUGCUCCAUGGAGGUGACCAAGACUCUCAUUCCUCAGUAUCCUCCUCCAGCCAGCGGUCAGCAUUUGCAGAUCGAGGGUAACGCGGACCUGGAGACUGAUGAAGUCAAGAUCACAUUCCGCACUGUCUCUGCCGAUGGCUCCAAUGUUCUCGCUGAGCACGCUGUUGGUAUCGUCAAGUACGAGGACAUCAAUGCCUGGAAGGAAGAGUGGGGUCGCAUCCAGUACAUGGUGCAGGCUCAAAUCAACAGCCUCGAGCAGAAGCUUCAGACCGGUGCUGCCCACAAGGUUCUCCGUGGAAUGGCUUACAAGCUUUUCAAGGCUUUGGUGACCUACGCUGACAACUACCGUGGUAUGGAGGAAGUCAUUCUGGAUGGUAAGGAGACUGAGGCUACCGCUCAGGUCCAGUUCCAGACAACAGCUGCCGAUGGUGAGUUCUUGUGCUCACCUUACUGGAUCGAUUCUCUUGCCCAUCUCUCCGGAUUCAUCGUCAACGCUUCUGAUCACCUGGACUCCGAGAACUCGGUCUACAUUUCUCACGGAUGGGGAUCGAUCAAGAUUGCUGGAAAGCUUUCGCCCGAGAAGAAGUACCGCUCCUACGUUCGCAUGCAGCCCGCUCCCGGCAACAUCUCCGUUGGUGAUGUUUACAUCAUGGACGGCGCUGAGAUCAUGGGUAUGGUCAUGGGCCUCAAAUUCCAGAACAUCCCUCGCCGCGCUCUCAACAUCAUGAUGCCUCCUUCUGGCAAGGCUGUUGCUGCCCCUGCUGGCAAGGCUCCUGCUAAGGCCGCCCCCAAGGCGCUGCCGUCGGCUGCACCUGUCAAGACCAAGGUCGCCGCCACCAAGGCAGUCAAGCCAGUCGCGAAAGUUGCUAAGGUCGCGAAGCCUGUCAAGGCAGCUGCUCCUGCCGGCGUCACUUCCAAGGUCAUGAAGAUCGUUGCUGAGGAGAUUGACGUUGACAUGUCUGAGCUUGUCGAUGAGGCCGCUUUCGAGAACCUUGGUGUCGAUUCACUCUUGUCUCUCACCAUCUCGGCUAGAUUCCGUGAGGACCUCGACAUGGAUAUUCCUUCCACCCUCUUUACCGAUUGCACUACCGUAGGAGAGUUGAAGAAGCACUUCUCGCAGUUUGAUGGGGCUGUGGUCGUUGAGGAUGACUCUUCAGAAUCUUCCGACGAUUCGUCUCCCUUCGAAGAGGUCGCUGACGAGAACGACGAUACCCCUGCUAGCUCCACUGGCAGCGAUGAUGAGGAUGAAGAGGUCAAGCCCUCUGCUGCUCCCACCGAGGGUGGUGCCAGUCUCGCACGUAAGCUUGUCGCCGAAGAGAUGGGCGUUGAUGUUUCUGAGAUCACCGACGACCUCGACCUUACUGACAUUGGCAUGGACUCCUUGAUGAGUCUUACCAUUCUUGGUUCCAUGCGUGAGGCUACUGGUCGUGAUCUGCCUGCUGAUUUUCUCACCGUCAAUGUCACCAUCAAGGACAUCGAGACUGCUCUCGAUAUGCGCCCUAAGCCGCAGCAGCAGGCGAAAGCAGCGAAGCCCGCUGCUAAGGUUUCGGCCCAGCCUCCUCAACUCUCUGAGGUAAACAAGAAGCUCGCAUCCCUUCCCGACGUCUCUCACCUCCCGCCCGCCACUUCCGUACUCCUCCAGGGUAACCCUAAGACCGCCACUAAGAAGUUCUUCCUGGUUCCCGAUGGUUCUGGCAGUGCGACCAGCUACAUCUCUAUCCCCAACAUCUCCACUGACAUGGCCGUGUACGGACUCAACUGCCCGUUCAUGAAGUGCCCUGAGAAGUGGAAUUGUGGUGUCGAGGGUGUUUCCCGCCUCUACCUUUCGGAGAUCAAGCGCCGCCAGCCCCAGGGCCCUUACCUAGUCGGUGGAUGGUCUGCUGGUGGUGUCAUGGCUUAUGAGGUCGCCCAGCAACUGGUCAACUCUGGUGAGAAGGUUGAGAACCUCGUCCUGAUCGAUGCUCCCUGCCCCGUCGCUCUUGACCCUCUACCUGCCCGCCUCCAUAUCUUCUUCGACCAGAUAGGUCUUCUCGGUACCGGUAAGCCCGGUGGCACUCCAUCCUGGCUCCUUCCUCACUUCGCGUCCGCAAUCCAGAACCUCAAGGACUAUGACCCGAAGCCAAUGGACCCCAAGAUCGCACCACCUGUCCUUGCCAUCUGGUGCACAGAUGGUGUCUGCCCUAACCCUGAGGACCCCCGUCCCCCACCAGGUGAGGGAGAGGAUCCCGCUCCCAUGAAGUGGUUGCUCAACAACCGUACCGAUUUCUCGGACAAUGGUUGGGCCCAGCUCCUUCCCAAGGAGAACUUCCAGUACGCUGUUAUGGGCGGAAACCACUUCACGAUGAUGAAGGGCGAGCACGGUGCCACACUCGGCAAGCUCAUUCAGCAAGGUCUCAAGCUAUAA